AUGUCUCUAGCCAGUUCACCAGAUUGCCUAUUUCGACCAGAAGACAAGGCAUUGAAGAUGUUGUUUCCUACGACUGUCGACGAAGGCAGUCAGUUUGACGAAUUCUUCAACCAGGAAAUGUACAAGCUGGAUGGGAGCGAUGAGGAGAACAAAGAACACUAUGCAGACUUUGAAGAUGUCUUCAGCAAUCAGGUGCUGGCCAAAGACCAGUACGGACUUCCCUCACUCGACACCACAGCCAAAGCCGAACAUUCUCCUCCACAACCGUGGCGGCAGGGUGUUUGGUGUCUGAAGCAGAGGCAACAACCUGCAAGGUUUGUGGUCGAAAAAACACGGAGACAUGAGACAAAGCGACCGGGACCCAUCCAAACAAUGAAAACGGUCCCUCACUACACCGACAAUGCACAUGAGCCAUUCUGGUCGGUUGAGGCCGCCUCUCCCAGUCGAACAAAGCGUUUUGCAACCUCGCCAGCUGCUCAAAUGUAUGAUCCAUCGUCAAUACGACCUCCAAUCUCUCGCGAAGUCACCCUUUCCCCGAGCCCGAUGUAUUCGCAAUUCCCAAUCUCCCCACGACUGGGGCAUGUCAACUCCAAUGGUUGGCAGCAGGAUUUCCAGAACUUCCACUUGCGCAUGCCGUAUGAGUCUCACAUGCAGCACCCCUCUGAACCAAUGUCUCCAGUCUCGAAUCCAAAUUCGGCCAGGGCACUGAAUGCAGGGAUCAUGGCGCAGAAUCAAGCAGUAUGGCUGCCGGACUCGGGUUAUCAAGAGGAGUAUGGAGAUGCAGAAUCGACGUCGGCCAUUGACCCUUGGUUGAUCGAUCAACACCAAAGCAAAUAUCAGGAGUCUCAAUCUGGUCGUAGUCAAGACUCGCUUGUAUCCCAGCAUCAAGCUACGAGCCAUGGACUAGACGCAAUGCCCUCUCCCAUCAGUGGCGGCUUCCCAUCAUCGGAUGGCUCGGCUCAUUCUCAUGAGGCACGAACACAUACCUCGAGCACGAAUAUCAGCACGCUCUCACAGGCCAUGUUUUCGCCACCUCCGAUGAGUGCCCAUCCGCCGCUUCCCAUGUUGGCACCAGAAGAGACAUAUCCUGCUUUGGCGGCGCCCAAGCCCCUGCGCACCGCCCAUCAAAUUCUGCACCAGGCUACCGAAUCUGCACAAACCGGGUUAGGCAUUCAAUAUCCAGAACUGGAGCAAAUGGACCAGGCAGUUUUCUAUGAGCCUCAGGCCUACCUACGACAAGCCCCUCCUCCAGUAGGCAUCGCAGUACUCUAUCCAGCUACGACGAUGCCGGUGCCAGCUCCGAUGACUUCACGGCCACCUCUCCCACCUCCACCGUCUUACGUCUUUACUGAGCCAUCCCCGUUUACCACCCCUCGAAAACAACGUCGGUCACCAUCUCGAUCCCCAUCGCCGUCAGUCUCACCCACGAACGUCAGUCCUCGUCGUAAUCCUCGCCGGUCGCCAAACAGGAAUGUGACAGAGUACAGCCACAGCCGGCGGAAAUCGAUCCACAAACAAGGUCCUAUAAGGGAUAUGGCAGCGUCGGAGCCAUUUCCGCCUCCCCGAACGAGAUCAGCCUCGCGUCCGCCCCGUACGCCAAAGACGCCAAAGACGCCAAAGACGCCGACGGGUGGAACGGUGAUCGACUUUGUGAACUUUACGCCCAGAGACUCGGCCAAGCUACUGAACGACGUUGCACCCAGUGGCAGUUCCAAGACAAGAGCACGACGGGAGUUGGAGGCGAGGGAGAAGCGGAAGAAACUGAGCGAAGCCGCAUUGAAGGCGGUGAAGGUGGCUGGAGGGGACGUGGAGGCGUUUGAGAAAGCCAUCUUUACAUAG